UUUGCUGCAAAAAUAAGAAGCAAGUGCAAAAACCAAAGUCGCCGCAAGAACUGUGGCUGGUUCUGCAAGAUUCUCAAUAAAACUUACAGCUCAUCUCUUUAUAAAACUGCUCUAAUUGUGCUUGAGACUACUACUCUUGUUUUUUUUUAAAGCAAAUGGUCGACACACCAAAUAUCGACUUUGUUUCAUUUAUUUCUGUUUACUGCGCUUUAUAGUAUUUUUUUUUUUUAAGGUAAAAACAUUUAAUGUCAUGAUGUUUGAGGGCAUCGUUGCUGUAAUGCAUUUCUUUGCAUGUGCCUAAGACUUUUGCACAGUAUUGUAUAUAAUAAAGGAGAAAUACUGAAAAGAAACAACACAUUUGUAUGUGAAUAUCACUUUUUGUAGCUGCCUAGAGUUCUACAGUGUGCUUGAAGAAGCAAAUUCUCUAUGAACAACAGUCUAAGAAUGUUAAGCAGCUGGAUGAGUGCUUGGUAAGAUUACAUUAUGCACUAUCCACUCUGACGCUACUUUUUAGAUGACUUGAUCACUCAGGAUAAAGUGCAGGCUGUCUUGUCUGUGCUGCUAUCUAUGAUUCAGAGGUAUGGCACUCAUAACAUCUGAGGGUCAUAUUAAAAUCAGAAACCCCUCCAGAAACUUGAUUUAGAUGCAACAUGUGAUAAGGUUUGCUCUUUUAUUUUAUUUUUUAUUUGACUUGAAUGCUGCCUACACAACGAGCUAUAGUUGUAGGUUGACCUCUUUGCUUAUCUUGAGUGGUUGGGGAGGGCCAGGAGGAGAGUAGCCAGCGAGCAAGCAAGACACAUUCUCAGUUGAGGACGGGGUGCCGGAAAAGAGUGUGGAUUAGAGGAAGCUCUGAAGACCUUACCUUUCUUCUAGACGAUACUUCUAAUCAUCAAGGCUACUUUUACUCCUCAAAGCUACUUGGAUCAAGUGCUUAUAGACUGGCAUACAUCAAACAGGAAGUUUUCUCAGGAGUGACAUUACUGGAGGCGAUCAGGGAUGUAGUGAGAAGUCGUGAUGCACUGUAUGCCUUGCAAGAAGGUGAGCAGUGAGCCAUGGAUACACGGAUCUUCCCCCAGCCAGCCACGAGUCUAACAAGCAUGGGUGCUAUAAAACUCCUCACUCUCCUUCUGCUGCUCCCAUACACACGGGUCACUGGCACCAUCUUUGAAGAUUUGUUGUCUAAACAUGCUGAAUAUAAAGAAAACUGUACCAGAACCCUGGAAACCACCCUAGACAAUAUGACUGGAAUAUACUGCAACGGGACAUUAGACCGUUUUGCCUGUUGGCCACAUUCAUCUCCUGGGAAUGUAUCAGUGCCCUGCCCUCCAUAUUUACCAUGGAUUAAGGAAGGUUUUUCAGGAAAUGUGUAUAAAAUAUGUACAGCCAAUGGAACCUGGAAAACAGAAGAGAAUUCCAGCAUUAUCUGGCGGGAUCACUCUGAAUGUGAAGAUCCAGGCUUUUUCAAAAAUGAGGAAGACAUGAAAUUUCAACAUUCAGUCUUGAGGAUCCUCUCCAUAGUUGGCUACAUGCUGUCCUUGUUCAGUCUGAUUCUAGCUGUGAUUAUUAUGGGCCUGUUGAGGAAGCUUCACUGUACUAGGAACUACAUCCACAUGAACCUCUUUGUGUCAUUCAUGCUUAGAGCUAUGGCAGUCAUAACCAAAGAAGUCGUGUUUCACGUCACGUACUCCAACAAGCCAUAUGAUGAAGCUGGAUGGAACAGCUUCAAGGAAUCUACUAAAGCCCUGCUAUGCAAAGCCUCCAAGGUGUCAAUGCAGUAUUUUGUGGCCUGUAAUUACUUCUGGCUCUUGUUGGAGGCGAUCUUCCUUCACACUCUACUCUUUACUUCUGUGUUGACCAAGCGGAGGCUGCUGAAGAGAUACAUGCUGGUAGGAUGGGGGACUCCAUUUCUGUUUGUGAUACCUUGGACAGUGGUUAAAGCUCUGUAUGAAAAUCAAGGCUGCUGGGUCAUCACUAACAGAUGGAUCUGGUGGAUUAUCAGAGCUCCGAUUACACUGUCAAUUUUUGUUAUUUUCGGUAUAUUCCUCAGGAUCAUACAACUCCUGCUCUCCAAAUUAAAAGCUGAUCAACUAAGGUUUACGGACUACAGAUACAGCUUAGCGAGAGCUACACUGGUGUUGAUUCCAUUGCUCGGGAUCCACGAAAUUCUGUUCUCGAUACUCAUAGAUGAAACUAUUGAGGGAAAUCAUCGCUAUGUGCGGGAUUUCUUUAAUUUAACCCUGAGCUCUUUCCAGGGAUUCUUAGUUGCUGUUCUGUACUGUUUUGCCAAUGGAGAGGUCCGUGCUGAGCUGAAGAACAGGUGGCAAUUGUUCGUCUCCAACCACUUGGAAGAUCACAACUGCUUUGCACGCAUGCAUCCCAAAUACUUAUGGAAAAAGUCAUGGGAAGGGACGGGACACCCCUCAGAUCACAGUGACUCAUACGAGGAGCGAAGCCAUGCUCCUACACAGACCCAGCUCACUCAGGUGACCAUCCAAUCAGGGGCAGAGUUGUCCUGUGGACAGAAUCCAGGUCUGGAGUUCUACACAAGGAAGAGUAUGUCCAGCAGUGAUGGGGACAUGACUUUGGGCGAGACCAUGGAGGAGAUUCUGGAGGACAGUCAGUUUUAACCUCCUACUGCUUCUGACUCUUUCAUAGACCAGAAGUGCUGGUGAAUCUUUGUAUAAACAUUGUUGAGUAAUACUCAUAGGUUGUUGUUUUUUUAUUUUUUUUAUUAUUAUUUUUUAAACUGAGUAUAGUCGUACACUCCUUCUAAUUGCAUUAGGUUUUUAGCAGCCGCAGACGUAGUCAACCCAGCAUAUUCACAGUGAAAUAAAAUUCUGAAAUGUUGUAGGUGUCCUUAGCAUAGCCAUUUCAUGGAACCUAAGUCUAAGCCUUCUGGUAAAAGCACUUAACUGAGAAAGCCAUGUUGCAUAAUUGAUUUCUUAAGGGAUAUGUAUGUAUCUACAUAAUUAUUUUAGAUGUAGAUACAGCAAGUAACCUUAAACAACAAAUCUUAAAUUCUGUCUCCCUGAUUUAAAGGAUGUCAUCUAAAGUGAAUACAAUGUGAACUGCCUACCUAUCAAAAUGCUACUUUUUAAAUUCUGUUGUUCUGUUUAUUGCAUGUACAGAAGCACUUUAUGUUCGGUUUUUCUUGUGAUAAAAUGAGUGGUCAAUUAAUUAUGUUUUUUUUUUUUAAACAGUACAACAUUAUUGCACACAGAUGGACAUGAAACCAAAUAAAUCAGUUAAAAAGUCAGAAACCAUAGCAUAUAUAUCAUGUAUAAAUGGGUAGGACUUUUAAUGUUUGUAACAUGUACCACAUUCACAGGUUAGGGAAAGGACAAGUCAGUGUCGGUUAGAAUUAUUGUCUAGAUUUACUUUAUAUGUGUCACAAAAAGGCCAGUAAUUAUUCCAGUAAUGACUAAAACACACAUUGGUCAUUGGUACAUAUUACAUACUACCUUAUAACAUGGACAUUGAAUUUCUUUUCAAUUAAACUUUUUUUUUUUUAAUCAUAUUGAGACCACUGACAUACAUUUCUAAUUGAUUUUUUUAAUUACAAAUGUAAUGCCAAACAGGUGAAACAGAGAAUUUAUGGACAAAACAUUAUUAAAAUAUUUCUAGGUGGAAACUGUGAAUAUAGCAUGUCUUCAAUGAAUGGCUGCUUUUAACAGACUGCUUGUAUAUUGUGCAUACCUGUAUAUUGUGGACAGACAGUAGCAUACCUUAUUUUAAUGAUUGAGCCACUUAAUUGUUUUUUGUAUAGUGCAUAAUUGAUACAAAUAUCUGUAUUCAUCUAUGAUUUUCAGUCUUGUGUCUGUUCUUUUAAAUGUUGUAAUAAAUGAUUCAAAACGAUAUAAUAAACAUAACAAUUCAUACUUUGCAGUGUGGCAAUCUAUUUAAUGAAAGAAAGGUAAUGUGAAGUCAUAAAUAAUGGACAGAAAUACACAAAACAAAAAAAUUAUGAAAAUUCCAAAAUCCAUCAAUUAAAAACUGAAAAUUUUAAAAACUGGCC